GCAAGGUGCGGUCGAAUUUAGUUCACGAAUCGAACAGGUGCGAAUUAGAUAAAUUUAAUAAUAUUCUCCAAAGCGGACGCUCUUAUUUCCUUUUUCCUAACAAAAAGGCUGGACAGUGAGAGUGUUGAAAGUGGAUGGUGGCAAGUGUAUCUUUCUGUAGUCGCGUUCAUAGUCUAAGCAACGAUAGCAUUUGAAAUCAAGGAUUAUCUGGCCAUACCGGACACCGGGUUCAAAGUAUGGCAAAACUAUCUUAUGCAGUAGUUCUACUAGUGCUGUCGGUACUUUCUGUGCCGACGAUAAGGGGACAACAAAAUGCUCAGUUUCGGGUGCCCAGCUCUCUGGUGGAAUGUUACAGGAACUACAACUAUUUGUACGCAUACAACCGCGUACCGAGUACCAUCGGGAACCUGAUCAGCAUGAUACAGAAAGUCGAGAACGACCCCAACUAUUCGCAGGACAUGCGACAAAUCGCAAUAGGACUCAUUCAGGUCUUCCGACAGGAUGGAGUGGAAAGAGCGCCUAAUGUCAUGGCCACCGACACGGUUCUACCUUACGGACCAACAGGAUUCCAGUUCCCCAAGUUCAGGGUCCUCAUCUCAAAACUCAUUCCGGGCAAUGGCUAUCAGUUCCCCAACUCGAGCCUGUCAGCACUAGAACGCUGCAGCCUUCAUUUCAUGCUAUCGAACACUAUUGAUCGCCGAGUACGGAACGAUGAAAGCACCGUCUGCAAUCAAUUAUCUCAAUACUCCGCCGCUAUGAGAGUACCGCGCGCUGCUUCUGAUAACGGUAAGAGUGCAGCAUCGCAAGCUGCCAGUCAAUAUGACAAUAACUUCCUCGCGGAUGUUGAGUUGUUAGAAAAUUUAAAAGGUGAUAAAUCUCCCAGUGGGGGUCUGCAGUUUAGCGGUGAGUUUUACCCAGUUUACAAUGACACGCCUACAUCUGGUACGGAUGCUGAAAUUCCUUUCGAUGCAGCUGGUGGCUACUAUCCCAACGGUAAUGGCAAUGGUUAUGGUACUGGCAAUGGUUAUGGUAAUGGCAAUGGCUAUGGAAGUGGAACCAACACUGGUAGCGGUAGUAGCGGGUUUGGUACAGGUUACGGAUACGGUACUGGACAAGGGGGACAAGGUAUCAGCCAAUGUCCCAUCGAAGGAGGUGUGAUGUGGACUCCAUGGGGCUCAGUCUCCGCUGGUACCGUAAUCGCUGGUAUCGCCGCAGGCCUUCAACCUCAAACCAUCCAGGUUGGCACACUGCUCCAAACUUUCAAACGUGCUAACACUGGACGAUGGACAGGAAAGCCACUUCAGCAGCAACAGCAAAUCAAUCUUAACGUGGACAAUCGAUGGGCGGCCACUCUUGCAGGCGAACUCUCUGAGGUAGCUUUGUUACAGGGUCCUAUGCUAACUGCCGGUGGUCAAAUAUCCUUAGGUGCUUCCGGGGCAUGGAAUAGUACAGCUCUGCCUCGAUAUUACUUCCUCUCGCAAAAUACCCGCCUGGAAAUGACAGAUCCCGAAAUCCGAGGAGGACUUGAUGGGCUCAUUCUUGCAAGUAACAUUACCAAUUGGAAGAAUGAGUACAGCUCGAUGAAAUUGAGCCAGUUGUUGGACAUGUACUACUCAACGCGCGGAGUUUUCGGCAGAGGAGUCAGGGCCUGUGACCGCCGAGGUCAAUUCGCCUCAGUUGCCCCACUUCAGACAAUGAUUGCCCAAACAACAGCUUUCAGCAAUGUCCUCGAUCAAGAAAUGCAGCUUCGCGUAACCCUCGAUAGUGCAGCCAUCAGUACCUUCUCAACAAAUGCUGCCAAUGCGCUUGCUGGCUAUGUUCCCCAAUACUUGAACGACGUAUCCUGCUAUUCAUCCAACUUGGUACCGAAUGAACAAGUUACCUGGAAUACAGCUUCCGAUCUUUAUAUUUUCGUUGAUACGACCUGGCAAUUCCAGGAGAUCAACCCAAUCAUCAUGUACUUCCUACAAAACAUGAACGUGAGUCCUUAUGCCUCAAGGAUGACCGUCAUGAAUGCUAUGAACGGAGCCCCUAUCGUCCCCACAUCCCAAUAUAUCACAGAUGCCUACGUAUACUGGAACUGGACUACCCAUCAACAGCAGCCACGAGGUUUGAACUUGGCCAACGUACUCAUGACAAUCGGUAACAUUACACAGAACCUGCAACGCGCAGCUCAGAGUAACGCUACCUCCGGUGGCAGGUCAUUGGUUGCUCUGGUAGCUUCGCAAGCCAGCGGAACCCAAAUGGGACCCAAUAUCAACCAAGCUAGUGCUUCGUACACCUAUCAACAACUACAAUACCUCCGUACCAACGCUCCCGAUUUGAAAAUUUUGUUCCUCAGCGCUGCCGGAACUGUCACCACAUUCUCCAACUACGCUCAAUCUGCAAAGGAUGUAGUUGGAGCGUCAACUGCAGGCAAUGUCGUCUCACAGACAAUCCCAUUAAUAUUAAGAGUCCGAGAUAUUCCGAUGGCACUGAUUAACUACCGCUGUGGACCCUUCUGGACAACUGAUCAAUACGGAAACGCACAGAUGUACCAAUACGUGGCACCUGGAUCAAUCAACUUCUACCGUCUGUUAGCCAACUACUUCUUCGGAGGCGGCAGUGAUCGUUACAUCAGCAUCCAAGGACCAGCUGCUGGAACCAUUACUGUUUGCUCAUCUCGCUACAUUGAACAUCCUACCACAAACGCCACCUACGGGUACGGGGGCUACAACAACAACAAUAACAACGGUGUUUACAACAACCCCCAGAACAACUACCAGAACGACGUCAACUGCACGCAACUGACCUCGACAUCGCAAAGUUACACCCUCUACUUGAACAACCCCUGCAGUGGUUACAACCGUAUCAUGGAUUGCCCGCCCGUGUACAUCUCGGUCCAAGGAAUGUCUUCACCUUACGGAGGCUCGUCAGCCAGCUGCACGGACAACAUGUGCCGCUUCCCAGACCAGCUUCGUUACACAGUUUCGAUGAACAAUCUGGGCUGCUACAGUUCAGCCACUCGAUUUAUUAUUAGUUCCGUAUUAGUGUUUGUUGCAGCCUUAUUUAGUUAUGUGUUUAUUUAGGCGGGAUGUGCAGUCAGGGUGCACACCCUUAAUGUUUGUAAUUUACCGUAAUUUGUAAAUGUAACGUUGGACGUAACGAACGAACUUUUUGAAUUUUAGGUGAUAAGUAUUGUACAAGUCUAUGACAAUUUUUACAAAACGAGAUACAAACUAUUCGUAAUAAAAUAGGUAGUAAACAAG